AUGCAGCGCGAUUGGAGUGCACGUAUCGAGAAGGUUCCAGUGCAAAGUAGACCGUAUAAAGCCGGAGAAGUCCCUAGAGAGGAAGUCGUUAAUAUUUCAAAAUCACAACAAGAUAGUGAUUUUGAUAGCCAAACAGUCGAAAAAGAGUAUCCCCAUCUCUUUAAACCACUAGAUAGUGAGAUAACAACUCCUAUCUUAGUUCCUAUGCACUCUACUUGGUUUAAUCCCCAACGCAUUCAUGAUAUAGAAAGAAGAACCUUUAAGUUAGAAGGAGAAGAAGAACAAAACAAGUACAUGGAGAUAAGAAAUAAGAUCUUUAAUAUCUUUCAAAAGAACUCAGAUAUGCAUUUAACAAUUACUCUCUGUCGUAAAAAUCUUAUCGCUGAUAUCUCAGAAAUCAUAAGAAUUCAUUCUUUUCUAGAACAUUGGGGUUUAAUUAACUACAAGAUAGGAGUUAAAAGAGAUAUGGCUGGUAUGUUAUCUAAAAUCAAAGAUCAAGGCGUUGCUUUAAAUGAUAUCAAUUUAGGUUUAGGUUUAGGUGAUGUAAAUAUUAAGUUGGCUAGUAAUAGUAGUAAUGAUUUAGAUAAGACUGAUUUAGGAGAUAAUUCAGAUAAGUCUGAAUUAGAUAAGAAUAAUCAAAUCAAAAACAAAAACAAAAAUUUAGAUAGUGAUAAUAAUUUAUUAGUAGUUGGUGAGUCUAAUCUUAGUCCAGCAGGUAUUCUGCCUAGUCUUACUAAGAGUCCAGUCGAUCCUUUAAGAGAUAUGUCUAAGACUCAUCAUGUUCAAAGUAGUGGGCCAAGGAUUACUAGUAUUCCUAGUGCAGUUGAGUGCACUGAGUGCCAUAAAUCUAUGAAUGGUUUAAGUGGUGAAGAUAAGAUUUAUUUUGCUGAUAAGGAAAGAAUUAUCUUAUGUAAAAGUUGUUUUGAUUUAGGGAGAUAUCCUAGUAAUUUCUCCUACACUAACUUUCACUUGCUAGAAGCAGGGGUUAUUAGACAGAUUUGGACGCCCGAGGAAGAGAUGCUUUUACUAGAAGGAAUUGAAGGGUACAAAGAUAACUGGAAGGCCGUAGCAGCUCAUGUUAAGACUAAAACAGUUGAACAAUGUGUUUUACACUUUCUAAAGAUGGGCAUUCAAGAUCCAUUGAUUGAAAUGGAAGCUAUCUCGUUUAUUGAAAGUAAAGUCCUCUUUAACUAUACGCUUAAUCCGGUUAUGUCUACAGUGGCUUUCUUAGCUAGUGUAGUGCAUCCAGGUGUAGCUAGUGCAGCAGCUAAGGCGGCGGCUGAGGAGAUACAGAGAUUAGCUGGAGAGAAGCAAGAUCAAGUAGAGGAAGCACCUUGGCUUAAUGAUAGGUUGAAUGAGAUAGCAGCUGUGGCCUUAUCUGCCUGUCUUAGUCGGGCGGAGGAGCAGAAGAGUUUAGAGGAGGGGAAGAAGGAGCGGUUAUUGGAGUUAUUGGUGGAAAGUGAGUUAAAAAGGAUUGAGCAUAAGAUAGCUGAAUUUACUGAACUAUCUAAUACAUUGAAGAAGGAAAGAAGUGAUUUAGAAAAGAUGCGUGAAACAUAUCGUAAAGCUCAUUUUGAAGCCCGGAAAGAGAUAUCAGAGAUUGUAUCUAAAGUAAGAAAGAUAUGUGAAGAGACGGGUCGUAACUUCGAAGAGAUCUUCUUUAAAGAGCAGUAA